CAAAGCAAAGGGUCUCUAAGCCUACAAAAAAAGAUGGCGGAGACACGGCGUAAGGAGAAACCGGCGCCGGACCUCACGGACUUUAUGAACGACAUGUUUUUUGGAGCAGUAGAUCACGUGGACAACAAAACCUACGACCUCACAGGUAGUAAAGGAGUGAACGUGGACGAGGAGGAGGAGGAGGAGGACGAAGGGUUCGAUGACAGUACUAGAAGCAACAGUGCAAGGUUGACGCAAGAGUGGCUGCAAGAGGCACGACUCAUCGUGGGUUCCUCUCCUUCCCGCGGUGGAUCUCCGAGUCGUCUUUCAGGCUCCCCAAAGUUUGCAGCACCACAACCAGCCUCACCCCUUUCCUCAUUGGACCACAGAGACUCUCUCUCUAGAACUAGGUCUGCACGAAGAUACAGAACGGGGGUAGGGAUCAGUGACGAGAUACUGUCCAAAACAGCCAGACACACUCGUAACAAAUCCGACACUUUCGCUCAACCCUCACCAGACGAGGAUGGAUCCCCUGCAACGGCGGUUCACAACUGGUUCUCCAACAUCCUUAAACCGACCAAUAACAAUAACACACAACACACAACUCCUUCUCCUCCCGAUUCUACCCUUUUAACAUCUCUCCCUCCACGUCAGCCGCAUCCUCGAAAAUCACGCUUCCAAACGGAGCCCUCCGCCGCGCCUCACCCGCAGGGGAUCCAAACUCCCAACUCCAGGCGAACCUUCAAGACUUCUGCUCCGGAGAAUCCUCCCUCCGAUUCUGUUCCUCUUUCUCCGCCCAGGAACCUCGUCGAGUCUGCUCACCGGAGGACCAUAUCGUCUUCGACGUGCUCGCGGGAGAGGAUGGCGCCGAGGCAUGUUGCUGCCAAAGGAGAGCAAGCAUGCCUCAACAACUUCCUCAAAGAGCAGAGGACUUUGCUGCACAAAAUCUCCACCGGAGAGUCCCAUGCAAAUGUGCAAAUCGUGCUUUCUGGGCCUUCCAACGGUUGGCGAUGAGAGUGCCUUUUUUUUGUGUGUGUGUGUGUGUGUGACGUGGGAGCUUUGGAGAGUGAUUGAAUUUGUCUUGUGGCGGUGCAGGCACGGCGUCGAUGGUGGCUGCCAUUUGCCACGCCUGGCUCUUGGAUUACCGGCAGAGAGAAAAGGAGGGUGGCGUGGUGGUGGCGCCUGUCAUGAAUGUUAAGCGCGGCUCCAUGUGGAAGCUGAAGCAGGCUGCGUGGCUCUUUCACCAUGUUGGCCUUGAUGCCACUUCGUUGCUUUUCACUGAUGAGGUGCCUCUUUG